UCGCCUCAAGUUGGUCGGGCAGAAGAGAGCGAAGGAAGCAAAGCCAUGGAGAAGACCCGGCGGCCCGUAGUGGUGACUGGGUUCGGUCCAUUUGGGGAGUAUUCUGUCAAUGCCAGCUGGAUCGCAGUUCAGCUUAUAGUUCACGUGGGACUGUCUGGCAUGGCCACAACGGUGACAUUGGAAAAAUGUGGCCACAACGUGGGAUACCGGGGUUUGGACAACUGCCACUUCUGCCCAGGUUCCGAAUGCUGCAUUGAAGGGGGCCCAGAAUGCAUUGAUUCGAUCAUCGACAUGGAUGCCGUGUGCAAGAGAGUCUCUGCAUUGGGACUGGAUGUCACAGUCACGAUAUCAGAGGAUGCUGGGCGGUAUCUAUGUGACUUCACGUACUACACUUCCCUGUACCAGAGCCACGGGCGAUCUGCAUUUGUCCACGUGCCUCCCUUGGGAAAACCAUACAGCGCAGAACAGCUGGGCCGUGCACUCCAGGCCAUCAUAGAGGAAAUGCUCAAUGUCUUAGAACAAUCUGAGAGCAACAUCAACUGUCACAACGAACAUUGAACUCGGGCCAAAGUCCCCGCCUCUUUACUUUCCUCAUGGUUGCACUUCCAAAAACGUUUUCUCCUGUUCUUGCAGAAUCCCAAGCUGGCAGCGUCCAUGUAGAGGAUUGAGAACAGAAAUGGAUUCUUGGCACUCUUGUGGAGAUACAUUGUGGGAGAUCCUCCUUUGCUUCUCUUUCGAUUCCAGCCAAACUAGCUCUCGCUAACUUCUUGGGGUCCCCAUCGGUGGUUCAGGUCCUGCAAAGAUCGUUAAGUGGAUUGAGAGGAUCUGCCAGUUAAGGCAAUUGCUCCAGUUGUCUGAUGUGCUCCAGUUCAAUUUCGCAAGGUCUUUGUGUUUUCAGAAGGACAAUUUGAUGGUUCCACUCAACAUGUAGCAGCGCUUUCGGUUCAAAAUGUAGGACCCUCACAGGAGGUGCUAUUCCCUUUACAAGAAGAUGUAUUGUACAUUUGCUCCGGAAGCUUGGAAGAUUUUUUUCUUCUUCACUGCUUAAAACAGAUUCUUCCAAUUUAUAUGGUAGAGUUCUGUUCUUCAUGAGGAACGCUUGGGGAUGGAAAGAGAGGCGGGAACAUUUCCUUUAAUUGACACCUCAUGCCAAAUCUGUUGAUGGCUUCUUUUUUUAAAAAAAGACCAGAUCUCUUUGGAUUUUGCCUUUCCUGAUUUCUGUAGCCACCCAUUGGUCUGAAAUGUAGAACUUCUCGCCUGCUGGCUUAAUGUGCCGUAGGAACUGGCCUCUUCCCUCCCACCCACCCCAAAUAGCCCUACCAUAGCUAUCUUUCCCAGUGCCUCAAAAUGAGAUGUUCCUCAAAUAUCCUUUUGUACCUUAGGAAAAUAACACGGUACAUAUCCUUUUCUAAACUUUUCUGCUCUGCUAGGGAGGGAUGAGACUCUGGAUCAAGGUUAGGAUUUUGGCUUCUGCUUUUGCUAGGAAAAGGGGGUGAAGAGUUGCUGGCACCAUCUCCUGCCUGGUGAAAGCCUCUUUCGCUUCAGCUCCAGUUUCUGGGCAAAAGUGCCCAUGAUUUCUUCAGCAGAGUAGCUCUCCAGGAAUUUCCCCUGGGCUCUACCCUCCGUUGUGCUUACCCAACAGUGGCCCUUGCCAGCUCUGUAGAAAACAAUGCUGCACUUUUUACCUACAUGAGAUUAGAGUAUAAUAUACAUUCAAAAGAUUAAA